GCAGUUACACCGGAUAACCGGCAUGAAUAAUCCUAGAAACAAGAAGCUUUUUAACUAUUUAAUUGUCCACCACAUUCUUUGAUACAGAGUGCCUUGUUUAGCAAAAGAUGUCAAACACGUGCAAGAGGUUCUUCGUGGGAUGUGCUGUGCUACUGUGAUGUAGCAAUAGAAUUACACUAUGUCACUAUUGACACCCAAUCAUAGUGCCAAUUGCUGUGUGUACUCUGAUCUCAGAGUGUCCAAACCUGUUAUGUUGAGUGUCUACAAAGCCUUGAUCUUGGUAGUGCUACCAGCUCUAUGCUUUGGGCUAGGCAAGACCGGUUACCCCUGCCCCAAGGACUGUGAUUGCUUCGUCUUCCCUGAGGACAAGAAUGCUGUCCAUGUGCGAUGUGCCAUUGAUGUUCUUAGUUCCAAACGAUUUAACUUCUCAGUCAUACAAACGAAUGACACAGCUGGACUGUAUAUACAGUGUGAUAAGGAGUUUUCACCCCAUUAUACUAAUUACAUAUCCAAUUUCAUGUUCAGCCAUUUGAUACAUUUGAAAGUGUUGGAAAUUCAUGACUGCCAAAUCACAGAUAUUUCCAGACUGGCCUUGUAUGGUCUAACCACAUUACAAAAGUUCCGUAUUGUUCGAGCGAAACAUUUGACGUUUGCAGAAAAGGUGUUUGCAGAACUGCCUUCAUUGAAGCAUUUGGAAAUCACAGGAAGCCAGUUUGUGUACAUCCCUUCGAAUGGCUUGUGUGGCUCUCAUAAUUUAAACAAAUUAAAUUUUACAAAUAGUAGAGUGAGAGAUGUCAGUGAAGUUGGCCUUUCUUGUGUUCAGCCUCUGGCCAGUCUGCUCUACAUGGAUUUCUCACAAAAUUUCCUUACACAACUUCCUGUGGAUUUCAGUGUCAAGUUUCCAAAAUUACAGGGAGUGUUCUUAAGUAACAAUCGUAUUUCUAAAAUUCAACCUGGAACUUUCAGAAACUUGAAAGACUUGCGAUUGCUGAGUUUGUCCAAAAAUUUUCUGGCUACUUUACCACAAGAGUUUCUGAUGAAUUGUGUGAAUCUGACUGGGAUUGGAUUGUCCGACAAUGAGCUGUCAAGGAUUCCAAAAGGUUUCCUGAGGAGGUUACCCAGGCUGAAAAUAUUUGAAGCAAGAAACACUUUCCUUGGUGAUUCUGUUUGGGAAGAGAUGUUGAAAAGCUCAGCGUUGGAAAUUUUAGACUUGAGCAACAGUGCGCUGACUUACAUUAAUUCUACUGUGAUGUCUAAUCUAAGACAGUUAAAGCGUUUAGUUUUGUCUGGUAAUGGCAUUAGGGAACUUCCAAAUAACGUGCUACAACGUCAAUCAAAACUAGAACUGUUGUAUCUCAGAAACAAUGAGAUCACUGAGAUUGGAAAGAACUCUUUGGUAGGGUUGAAAAGUUUACAAGCUCUGACUCUCUACAACAACAACAUUUCCAUUAUUCACAAUGCUGCUUUCCGUAAGCUGUCUACUUCUUUAACUCAGUUUUUGAAUUUGAGUUCCAAUGCCCUGACAAAGGUGCCCAGAGCUGUUAGUGUACUGGGUAAACUGGUGUCUCUGGACAUCAGUCACAAUAAAAUUGACUCGCUUUUCAUAAACUCAUUAGAGGGGUUGGACAGUUUGUUGGAGUUGCACAUAUCCCAUAACAAACUUACUUACAUACCACAAAAUGUCUUCCAAAAGUGUCCCAAUCUAAUCAUUCUCAAUAUUGCAUCUAACAACAUCAGCAGAGUUCAAAACAAUGCCUUUGGCGAACUGAGACGGUUAAGAUAUGUGUGGUUGGAGGACAAUCGUUUAUCUGAUGUUGGCUGGGUAUUUACCAACAUAGAUAAUCUUCAGUUCCUAAAUUUGUCCAACAAUAUAAUAUCAGAGCCGGUAAGCCCGUAUCUAUUUCCGUCCACACUGGAAUACUUGUACCUGGCUGGGAACCAGAUCUCCACCAUUUUGGAUGGGUCUUUUGAAAAUAUGCAUGAUCUGAAACUUUUAGAUCUGAGAGGGAACCGUUUGUCGGUUAUUUCUAGCAUGUCACUGCGAGUAUCUCUCAGGAACUGGCAGACGCCAUACCUUCUCUUGCGUGGCAAUCCACUUAGUUGCGUCUGUAAAAUGGCAUGGCUUAAAUAUCUUGUUUCUGGAAACCACUCCGAUGCUUCCCACUAUUUCCAGAUUGGAGAUUAUGAAAGUCUGCUAUGCCAUGAACCUGAACAUUUGCAGUUCCAUUUUUUGUCACGAACUCCCUACAGGGACUUUGUUUGUUAUUACACAGUGAAUUGUUUAUUGCGAGAAUGUUCAUGUUGCUACUUUGAAGGUUGUGACUGUAAGUCGGUGUGCCCUGCUAACUGUACUUGUUAUCAUGACCAGAGCUGGUCUGUCCAUAUGGUCAACUGUCAGGCUAGCGGUAUGACAGAGUUACCUCCCUUCCUUCCCAGAACCAUGACAGAACUACGCCUCGACGGAAACCAACUCAAUAAUUUGGACAAACAUUCCUUUUUAGCACGUGACUUCCUGAGUGUAAUAUAUCUGAACAACAGUCAAAUACAGGAGCUGGACAACAAAACAUUUCAUGGCCUACCAAAACUGAAAGUGCUUUUCCUCAACAACAACAAUAUCGAGGCUCUAGUCAGUGGAGUGUUUAAUGGCUUGUCGGUUCUUGAAGAAUUAUAUCUGGAUCAUAACAAACUAACCUUUAUAUCCCAAGGAGUUUUUGAUGUUCUGUUUGCACUGAAGAAGCUCACAUUGAAUGAAAAUGCACUGAGUAAUUUUGAGAGCCUGAUGGUAAGUCUUCCUUCCGCAUCCGUUCAGGUAUACUUGGCCGACAACCCUUACUUCUGCACUUGUUCCCAGCUGGACACAAUUCAGGAAGUGAUCAACUCUCAUGGAAGUUUGGUAAGAGACUUGCACAAUUUAACGUGCAACAUAUCUGAAAAUGAAAUGGCUGAAAAUGUCUCAGAUGCACACUAUUUCAUUUCGUCUGCUCAGAAUGAGUUAAGCACAAGACACAGAAUCAUUGAAGUUGUGAAUAAUCUAGACAUGUUUUGCCCUAACACGACACAGUCUAUGGUGACCUCUGUCAGUUUAGGGCAUAGACCGCUACCCGGCUCUCAUCUGGCCUUGAUAAUCAUAGCCGCCAUUGUUCUUGUGUUCACUUUCACUGCUUUGUUUCUGUUUGUAAAGAGGAAAUUCAUCCAGGUCUGGCUCUACACAAAAUUUGGGAUGAGGCUAAAACAUCCCAAUCUCAAAGCAGACCAGGAUAAGAAAUAUGAUGCAUUCAUAUCUUAUAGUAGCAAGGACGAACAUUUUGUUGUUCACGAGCUGGCACCGCGAUUAGAGCAAGGAAAUCCCUCGUACAAACUUUGUCUUCAUUACCGAGAUUUUCCCGUGGGUGCCAGCAUCGCGGAAAGUAUUAUUGAAGCUGUGGAGUCGAGUCGAAGAAUUAUCUUGGUGCUGUCAACAAACUUUUUGCAAAGUGAGUGGUGCCGAUUCGAAUUCCAGUCAGCCCAUCACCAGGUACUAAAAGAUCGCCUCAAUAGACUGAUAGUUAUUCUGCUGACCGAUAUUCCAUUCACCAAGCUGGACCCGGAUUUAAAGCUGUAUCUGAAGAUGAACACAUACCUGAAGUGUGGGGAUCCGUGGUUUUGGGAGAAGCUCAGAUUUGCUCUGCCAGAGAUCCCUAAACCAAAAGUGAACAAAAACUGUAAGCGGAAGAAAAAGAAAGGUGGUCAGAAUGGUGUUGGUCCGUCAGUGUAUGUGGUCUUUGGUUCCAGUGUCAGUUUGCAUACCUAUGAGGAGGUGCAGCCUGUAUGAGUGCUAUGUCAGUUAAUCAAACUAUUAAUAUCUGUGUGUUAUAAGAGUUGGUAAAAAAACUGUAUUAUAUUUAUAAAGGUGCUUAUAUAAACGUGUAUGAUAAUGCAAGAGAAUCUCAAAAUAUUGAAAUCAGCAUUUUUUUGUUCUUCAGUAUUUCUGUUCACGUAUUUAGCCAUUUUCAGGAAUUUACUACGGAAAGAAAUGGUGAUGCUUUAAAUAUGUACACACAGCAAAAACGACAAAGAAAUCUAGGUUGUAAACAUGUAGAGUUUGAGCAGAGGGGAGAGAAUGAAAGUACAUUCCUGAAGAUGUCUACAUAUUUACACUGAAAUAUGUAUUGAAAAAACUUUGCCCUCAUUAUUCAGAAUUUCUCUUGUGUUGUUCUACACAAAACUGAUAUGUGGUCAUAGCCCAGAGAGUCUUUGUAUAUACCUGUAUAGUGUGCAUGUGUGGUUUAUUUGUCAUGGAGAGUGUGGUAAUACCCUUGGUAAAAAUCAUGGUUUCUUUUACCAGAUAUCAUUCACACAUGACUAAUGUCAUUUAUUUCACCAUAAGAAAUAGUAAUUUCUAACAAACUUAAAUGAAAAAAAAAAAAAAAAAACAGUGGUGGAAAGAAAAUAAGUUUAUCCAACUGGGAAAACGUAUAUCUGUACAAGCAUGACUGUGAUGAAAGGUACACCAUAUUUACCAGUAGCGAUACACCCAAAACUGUACAAGAAGAAACUUGUUAUUAUGCACACAGAUGU